AUGACCUCCACCCCAACCUCAGCAACCUCAGCAACCCCAUCCGCAUGCCAAUCCCUUAUCCAGGAAGUCCAAACCUACCGCUACGGCCCUGCCCUCCAGCGCCAACGUAAAAUCUCCGGCAUCGCCCAAUUCGUUGAGAUCCUCCACAAAGAGCUAGCAGUCCUCGAGAAAGCCGCGGAGAACCCGGCAAAUGCGGGGCAUGUGAUUGAGAGUUCGAACUUCGGGUAUUUGAGGGCUGUGUGGGAUGUUGCGCGGGGAGCGAAGAGGGUGGCGGGGUUGAUGAAGACGUUCUAUUUCAAGCCGGCGUGGAGUAAAGAGGAGGGGAGCGAAGGUACGAAUGGGAGGAGUAAGACGCAGGCGAGGAAGACGAAGGGGAUGGUUAUGGUUGAGGUCAUUGAUAACGCUGGACUACGAUGGAUCAAAGUCUCCACCAUCACCGCACGGCGGUUACGGUACGAACUUGCGGAUUUGGGCUGGUACGGUCAUCCUCAAUCAGACACCGAAGACGAAGAAUCAACGGAGAGACGACAAUGCGGCCCACCAUACGAGGAGUUACAAUUAACCUCCAUCGCCCAAAAACUCAUCCAAGCCUCCGCGCAAGAACGGAUACAAUACCUCCAUCCAGAAAUCGCGUUCGUACUCCCAAAUCUCGCCCAGCCCGCCUCUCCCGAGGAAAAGGAGAUAGUGGAUGGAUACACAAACUACCUCCGCAAUCUGGGGAUCCAGGCUCAGAUCGGUAGCGAACUUCUCCCACCACCAACUCUCGAGACCCUGCCAAACGGGGGCUCCAGCUCCCUCGCAUGCACCGGCGACGUCGACCCAGACCCUGUAAACGUCGAUGGUACCGCAACUCCACUCUCCCCCACCUUAAACCUUGACAUAACAACGCUCCUUGCCCUAACCUCCGAUAUCUCUCAUUACACCCACCCAACCAUCACCCACCUGCCCUCACACGGCCAACACCCCGCCAUCGCGCAUCAGAUCGCAUGCGAAUCUCAAUCACAUCUAUUGGUAGGGAGUUUGUGGCCGGUGUUGGAGGGGAGGGGGCUAGAGUGUACGGAGGGUGCAGCGGAGAAAUACAGGGAGGUUGUGGGGUUGGUUGGGAAUGGGGAGGAGAAGGAGAGGGCGAGUUUGUUGUUGCAUGAGGGUGGACGAACUCCAGAGUGGGAGGAGAAGUGGAGCAAGCUCUCGGAAUACGAAUUACCGAGAUCGAUUCAGCUACCGGUCAAAAUUGUUCCGUUUACGUUGGAAGACGUGCCGACGGAAGAGCUACCAGGAUUCACCUCUCGCCUCUCAAAAGCCGCAAGAGAAGUCUUCGUAGUAGGGUGGGUCCAACGCAAAACGAGCAUAACCGCAAACAAAGCCAUCACGAAGAUGGUAAGACAAGAGACGGAGGAUAGACAUGAGCUGGAAGGGGAGAGGAGACCGGGGGUUUGGUUACACGAGGCAAGGUCCUUGAGGGGAGACAAACGGGAAGAUUAA